CUUGGCAAAUGUCAAAUUCAUUCAAGAGAAGAAGCUCAUUUCAAAGUACUUUGAUGAAAUUUCCCAGGAUACUGGUAAAUUUUGCUUUGGUGUUGAUGAUACUCUAAAAGGUUUAGAAUUAGGUGCUGUCGAAAUUUUGAUUGUUUGGGAAAACUUGGAUGUGUCUCGUUACGUUUUGAAAAGUUCCAGUGGCGCGGAAAUGGUUGUUCAUAUGACCAAGGAACAAGAAAAAGAUCGUUCCCUCUUUCUUGAUAAAGAGACGGGUGUCGAGAUGGAAGUAUGUGAUCGUAUGCCACUUUUAGAAUGGUUCGCUGAUCAUUAUAAAGAUUUUGGUGCAACUUUGGAAUUCGUGACCAAUCGUUCCCAGGAAGGCUCGCAAUUCGUUAAAGGAUUUGGUGGGAUUGGCGGCUUGCUCCGUUACAAGGUUGACUUUGACUCUUUGAAUUACGAUAGUGAAGAAGAUG